GAUUGCCUUGAUACACAGUCAGAAGAAGCCACAUCCCAUCCAGUCUCUGUCGUAAUGAAAAACCUAAAGACAUCAGCUGUCUCCUGAUCAUGGCCUGUUGGUACCAGCGUUGUCACUUACCCUCUCCGAAUUUGCCUCGUCCAAGCUGGGCAGUGGUUCUCCUGGUGAUGAUCAGUUCCUGUUUAAUGUACCCCGUCUUUAAAAGCCUAUACUUUCAGAUUCACUCAUCGCUCACUGGAAGCUACAUCCCUGGGGCCCACUCUCUAGCCUAUGUCAACUGCCCGAACGAGCAAAUUGCAAAAGAUAUUGGCAGGGGAAUCUUGGAAAAACGCUUGGCUGUCAGCGUAAACAUUAUGCCAAAGUCUUCAUCCCUAUACAUCUGGAAGGGGGAAAUAGAAGAAUCUACUGAAAUUCUUUUGGUAGUGAGAACAAAGACAGACAAGAUAUCCGAGCUAUGUGCUUACAUUGGGCUCAGCAGGACCAGUGUUCUGGGCUCAGGGUUCAGGGCGGAUUCGCGGAAGGAGUGUUGGAAGAGACCGCGCUGCGCUAUAACCCAGGGUUCACCCUAGCGUUGCCGUGACACGCAAGUACACACAAGCAAGAAGCGACCGGAGCACGUACAAAGUAAGCGCAGCGCGUGUUAACUGUUCUUGGGCGAUGAUCGCCCGUAAACAAUGCGUGU